CAGUUAGCACUUACGCGUAAAGACUCUGUACCACGCUGUCGGCGUGCUGCUAUAGUCAAGUGUAGCGAAGAAGGAAGACUGGACGUGAAUUCUGGUGGGGGACGUGAAUAAAUGCGACAAGAAAGAAGAGUGAACGUGGGUCUGAAGGCAGCAGCACGGAGACUGCGCGGACACCUGGACUAAGGAGGAGCGACCGUGCGGCCGGGAUUUGGCUCGAAGUCAGUUGUACGGCAACGUCGGGAGAACGGACAACCCACUGCUGAAAGCGCGACGGCAAAGCUCUGACUUCUGCCUGGCACUAGAUACUGCAAGCGAUGGAACAGGAUGUGACAAUAUGACUGCAGUCAUUAACAAGUUUCUGUCCAUCUUAUCUGAAGCAAAUUCAUCUGUUUUGACCAACACUUCUAUCUCCACUGCGACAAACAAGAGGCCAGCGUCCCCCACUGAAAAUACACAUUCUUGUGCAAAAUGGUUGAAGACAGGUGUAGUUUGAAUCGUGUCUGUACUUACAUCUCUUAUGUGGAGAUCUCAUGGCAGUGUGCAUCUCAGCAGACUAUAACAUUCUAUGUACACGUAAAGUAAAAUAUACUCUGCAUUUAGACAAACCGGUGAGUCAUGUGCUCCAGUGUUUUUAUUUAUGCCUCACAAAAAUAAACUGUAUGGAUGGUAUUGAAAAGUGCGCAAUCAGAUGUGGUUUUGAACGUUCC